ACGUGGCCCAUGUGGACGAGCCUUCCACAAGAAGUACGCCUAAAAAUCGUUGCAACUAUGAGCGUCACAUAUAAGCCUUUCCUGCGGCGCCAGUCCUCCACACGAGCCUUCUCUUUCCAUCGUACGCGAGCACGGCUACCAUGAAACCCUACACUUCCGUGGCGUGCCUCCUUGCCAGCUCAGUGACCGCACUCGUUCUGCCAUAUAGCACGCCAAAUUGCAGCACAUUCGGGUCAUCUGCCUCGCUCAGGCAAUACAACGCUACAUUCCUGAAUGCUACCCACUACGGCCCGCGCGGUGUCAAUGCUAGCGGUUUGCUAAACACCGUCUCUUUCUGCGAGGUGUAUGCGUCAGUCGCCUAUGGCCCGUAUGGUAACGACAGCCUGGUCUUUGCGGUCUGGCUCCCAGAGUACGUUCAGUAUGAGAACCGCUUUAUGGCCGUCGGCAAUGGCGGCAUGGCUGGCACAAUCGACUACUUGAACAUGAUUACUCAGCUCAACUCAGGCCUUGGCUUUGCCGUAGCUGGAGGCAAUGGUGGGCAUCUGGCUUCUGCGAAUAACGGAGGCGGUGGCGCCCCAGGUGUCUAUAUACCCUACCUCCACGACCAGGCUCAGGUUACUGCAUGGAUCCAUGAUGCCAUCAGCUUGUUUACACCGGCAGCGAAAGCCUUAGUCAACUCGUACUACGGCCAGAAUGCACGGUAUGCGUAUUACGAUGGUUGCUCGACUGGUGGAGCCCAAGGCUUUGCUCUGGCGCAGUAUCAUCCCGACUUGUUCGAUGGUAUCGUUGCUAGUUCGCCAGGUAAUUGGUACAGCCAUCUUGCGCUGAGCUUUCUCUGGAAUGCUCAGCAGACGAACACUUCUGCCACCAACUUGACGCAACCCAUCUUAAACUUCACUAAGCAGGCCGUGCUCAAUGCCUGUGACACCCUGGAUGGAGUGCAAGACCAAUUGCUCGAGGACCCAUUGAGCUGCAAAUUCGACAUCAACAGUCUGGCCUGCAAUGGAUCUGUGCCGGCAGCCAGCUCCAGCGGCGUCAUCAACUGCCUCACUUCCACGCAGCUGAGCGCUGUGAAGGCGAUCUACGCUGGUCCAGUGCGCUCGGAUAAUGGUAGUCAGCUUUAUCCGGGUUUUUCAUUCGGCAGUGAAAAUGAGUGGCUGUACCAAGAAGGGUUGCUCUCGAACGCUUUCAGUGUUCCAAUUCUGCAGAACCUGGUGUUUAACAACCUACAGUACAACAGCAAUACGUUCAAUUGGGCGUCGGAUGUCGGACUCCUUGACGCACGAGCAGGCACGCUGAUCGAUGAGAUUUCUCUCAACCUUACAGCCUUCCGCAGUCAUGGCAAGAUGCUCACCACACAAGGCUGGGCUGACCAAUACAACGCUGCUACGUGGCCCAUCGAGCACCUGGAGCAGCUGGAAACCUUCUUUGGUGGUGAUGUAAGCGACUUCUACGAGCUCUUCAUGGUGCCUGGUGGCGGACAUUGCGGCGGUGCGGCAGACUACGCAAGCGUUCCGGCGACAUAUCACACAGUCCCGGCUUUGGUCGCGUGGGUUGAGCGAGGCUUUAAGCCGUUCAGUCUGCUGAGUACCAACCCACCGGAUGGUAGCAACAGGACGAGGAAACUGUGUGCCUGGCCGUCGACGGCAAGAUAUGUGCAAGGAAAUGUGUCGGACUGGACUAGCUACGUCUGCGAAUAGUGAAGCAUUGCGCCCCAUUGCCUAGAGUGAGCCGUAGAAGUAUGUGCACUCCAAUGAUCAGA